AUGAGUGCCUCCGAAACCGCCAAGUCUAGCAAAAUUACAUCCCAUUCUUACUCCCAUUUGAGAAAGUACCCACUUGUGGCGGAUACCAGCGCGUUUGUGGAGCGGUUCUCCACAGUCAAGGUGAUUGAGUCCUACACAAAUACUCUUGUCACAAGACUGGUUGGGCUGCUGUCUAACGUCUCUAUUGCGGUCUCUAUCCUCAACUAUCUGGACCAAACCACGGAUGCCGCACUUUCGUACGUGGACAAAACUUUCCCUUCAAUCACAUCUGUUUCAUACGAGUCCAUCUCCAAGACUCUGGAAAGCUACUACAACGGCUGGGCCAGCCAGUCUGUCAAGCGUGUGAGAACCACUUUCUCGAAUGCAACCGCAGUUGUCAGAUCGCGCGUCAGCUCCGUGGUGAAGAUCUUGAACGAUUAUUACGAGGCAGUCAUUGACAGACUGCUCCCGCUCGAGAAACAGGCUGAGGCCAAAGCACAGGAGGUCUCCGACGCCGCCCAGAGCGAGCUCGCAAGAUCAAGAAAACUUCUGUCUUCCACAUACGAAAGAGCGCAACCAUACGUGAGCCAGGUGUCUUCUCUGCCAACGUACGUCACAGAGGUGUACAGCGACGAAAAAGCGUCUGCUUCGACCCCAGUGGCACUUGCCAAGACGUCCAGAAGACUUUCUAACGAGGCAUACACCUCGGCCAUCAAGCCAACGUACGACGCCAGAAUCAAGCCGACCGUGGACAGACUCAUUGGCUCGCGGACCGAGUCUCCUGUGGACAAGGUGGUUGAGGCCGUGAACGGAUCGCUCUGA